AUGUCGUCCUCUGCGCAGCGGGCGCUGGACUACCUCGAACAGCUCCCCGGCACCACUUUCAACCAGCUGUACCAGCAGCCCUCCGCCGCCCUCGCCAUCUUCCGCCGCAUGCUGCCCCAUCUCGCGAAGACGAUCGUCAUGGCAAUGCUCUACCUUCCGACGCCUUUUCCAGUGGCCGAUCUGGAUGUGUGGGUGAAGCCGGAUCUUCAGAGUAUGCAGGCAAGGGACAGGGCGCUUAACAGGCUGCAAUUGCUUCGGAUUCUAUUCGAUGACAAGGAGAAUGGACAGCCGGCGUACAAGCUAUCGGCGCAAUUUGCAAAGAGUCUCAGACAGGCCCUGACUGGUGGAGGAAAUCACAGUUCAUUUGGUGUUCCUUGUCCGACGCCUGACAAGCGGCCCGUGACGGUUGACUUUCUGGACACGUUCGCGGGAAAGCAAUGGGAGGCCAUACUGUAUUACGUAGUCGGUAGUGCGAACUCAAGUCUAUCGGGGGAGGUGGACAUCUCCAUGGGUACAAAGAAGCUCCUGCAGAACGGGGAAUACGUCGCAUUGAAAAGUGGAGGCAGGCAAAGGCUCAUCACAACCAAGGGCUUUACAUUCCUGCUGCAAGAGGUAAAUGCACAGAUAUGGUCCCUCCUGAUCGUUUAUCUGGAGAUGGCCCCAACUGUAAGCAUGAUCUGCUCUUAGUAUGUCUGGGAAAACAUCUGACCUCUUGUGAAGCUCAGUAUGGACCCCGUCGAGGUCCUUUCCUUUCUCUUCACCCUCGGCUCUCUGGAACUAGGGAUCUCCUACAGCACCUCCAACCUGACCAACACACAACAUCAAAUGCUCGAAGACCUUUCAGACUUCGGUCUCGUCUACCGCCAAGACCCCUCGGCAACCCGCUACUACCCUACCCGCCUCGCAACAACCCUAACAUCCGACGCCCCAGCCCUCCUCAACAGCAACCUGAUGAGCACCACCGUCUCCUCCGCCUCCGCGCCCGCAGACAUGGCCUCCAGCGCAAACGAAAAAGGCUACAUCAUCCUCGAAACCAACUAUCGCCUCUACGCCUACACGUCCUCCCCUCUCCUCAUUUCCAUCCUCUCCCUCUUCGCCACCUUACACACCCGCUACCCAAACCUCAUCACCGCCAAAAUCACCAAACCUUCCAUCCAAAACGCCAUCCAGGCGGGCAUCUCCUCCGAUCAGAUCAUCAACUACCUCACCUCCCACGCCCACCCCGUCCUCCGUCGCCAAGCGGCCAUCCAUAACGCUCCUAUACUACCCCCCACCGUCGUGGAUCAAAUCCGACUCUGGCAAAUGGAAGGCGAGCGGAUGGAAACGACAAAGGGCUACCUGAUCAGGGACAUGGGGCCGGAUUUCGAGGCGGCGCUGGAGUUUGCGAGCAAUAUCGGGGUUCUCCAGAUGGAGUUCCGGAAGAAGGGCAUGUUCUUUGUUAGUCGGAUGGAUCAGAUGUCCGGGUGGUUCAAAAGAAGAGCGGAAGAGAGGAAGAAGGCGAAAGAGGCUGCGCUGGCGAAACAGCAAGCGGCAUCGAAAGAGUGA